GAAGUGAAGUGGAGGAAGCGAAUUCAAGAUAGCGAACGAGGAGACAGUGGAAUGUAAAUAGUAUGGCUGUCAGCCAGCGAAGCUCGUUAAACGUUUUCUGUUGAUUGGACCAACAACAGUCUAAAUUUCACUACUUUUUUUUGUUGUUGUUGCCAUUUACGCUGUCAACUGGCUUCGUGGUAUGGUACAAUUUUUUAAAGAAUAUGGUUACUCGAAUUCACCAGCUGAUAUUUUCAGACGAAGCUAAGAAGUCAACCAUGCCGCAUUUGAUAUCCUAGAAACAUACUGAGUCAUCCAUGUCACGAGGCAAGGGACAAGCUUGACCAGCUCCAUCUCCCUUGUAACUUGUCCAUCUCUCUGGUGUAUUCCAUUGUAUAGUCAGGAAAAGCAGAACUUUUAUAACCAGAUAAGUUGUGCCUCCCCCAAAGAUAACUUUGCUCUAGUUUGCAGCUGUAGAAUGGAAAUGGAAAGAGGCAGUGCUGAAAAUUAUCUGUAAGAUAAUUGUACUUUUGUUAAGGUUAAAUUGAGAUAUAUAUAUAUAUAUAUUGUGGAAAUCUUGUACAGUUUUGUGAAAUCCACUCUGUCUUACAGUCUGAAUGACAUAAAACCGACAGAGCGACUGUGGAUUCUGCUGUAGCCGUCCAUCAACCCUGUUUUGCAAACUAAGGACACUGUUACUCAGGAAUACCAGUGAACUGAUUGUCGAGUAGAUUUCCCUCAAGAUUCACCUAGAAGGUCACUGCCAACUUUUAAAGCCUUGAAUAUUGUUAAUGUAAAGGGCUGAGUUUGUUUUUCUAUGCUUAUACAGCCUAAGCCUGAAGUAGUCUUUACCGACGACUUGGCCUUAUUUUCUAUUGAUUAAGGGCUACAUUGAACAUUAUCCGGCUAUGGCAGAUUCUGAGAUAGUCAGAGGAGAUCUCCUGAGCGUUGUCAAAGAUGACUGCUCUCUGACAGAGGCCAUUUCUGAGGAGGGUGGCCAUGCACCAGGGUCCUCUGUAGCUAAAGAAAGCCACAAAGCAGAGCCCUUGGACUGUGAAGAUUCCACCGAAGUCCCAUCAGUCAAGACCCCAAUUAUGGAAGCAGAAGGUUCUGGCAAACACAGUGGAACCGCACUCACGCCAGCCGCCACGUGUGCCGUCGUGUCUGAAAACGGCACAACAGAAGACGCUCAAUCCACCCCGCAGAGCCAAACUCUGACCGAAGUGAACGGGGAGAGCUCAGAGGCCAUGUUUGGAAGGCCGGACGAGAAUAGCCAGUCGGCUACAAGCGACUCUCCUUCCUUCUCCAUCCGCAGCCUGGAGUUCUUCGAGGGCAACACCGGGAAUGACGAGCCAUUGUCGUCCUACUCUGCCCUGGGCGACGAGGGCCGCUCCCCCUCUGCUGAUGUCCCCGGCCUGGUCGGUGACGUCCUGGCUGCCGCAGCCACGGGAGGGGCCACCGCCGCCCCAGAGCCCAUGACGCCGGCCUACUACUUUGUGAAAUGGAUCACCUGGAAGGAGAAGAAGACACCCAUCAUCACGCAGAGUGAGAACGGGCCCUGUCCCCUGCUGGCCAUCAUGAACACCCUGUUUCUGCGCUGGAAGGCCAAGCUACCCGCCCAGACAGAAGUAGUCACCACAGAGGACCUGAUGGCUCACCUUGGAGAGUGCGUAUUGUCCAUCAAACCCAGGGAGAAGGCUGAGGGAAUGGAGCUCAACUUUCAGCAGAACAUGAGUGAUGCCAUGGCAGUUCUGCCAAAGCUGUCCACGGGCCUUGACGUCAACGUGCGCUUCACAGGCGUGUCGGACUUUGAGUACACACCAGAGUGUAUCGCCUUUGACCUGCUGGAUAUCCCACUCUACCAUGGCUGGCUGGUGGACCCUCAGAGCCCUGAGAUGGUGGCAGCAGUGGGAAAGCUAAGCUACAACCAGCUGGUAGAGAAGAUCAUCGGCUACAAGCAUUCAGAAGACAGCAGCCGUGUCAGUGAAGGUUUGGUGGCAGAGCAGUUUCUGGAGUGCACAGCGACCCAGCUAUCGUACCACGGACUUUGUGAGCUCAACACUAAAGUCAAGGAGGGCGAGCUGUCCGUAUUCUUCAGAAACAACCACUUUAGCACCAUGAUAAAGCACAAGGGCCACCUGUACCUGCUGGUGACAGACCAGGGCUUCCUGCAGGAGGAGGGGCUAGUGUGGGAGAGCCUACACAACGUGGAGGGUGACGGCAACUUCUGCAACUCAGACUUCCGCCUGUGCCACCCGCCCCAGAGGAGCGUCCUCGUAACACAGCCCGACAGUCUCACGCCCCAGCAGCAGCAGAGACAGAUCGACCAGGACUACCUGGUGGCCAUGUCUCUGCAGCAGCAGCAGGGGGUGGCCCCGGGGCCCCUCAGUGACCUGGACCUGGCCAGACGGCUGCAGGAGGAGGAGUACCAGAAGCAGCAGCAGCAGCAGCAGAAACAAGGUCCCUCCCAGGCCCCAGCACAGCAGGUGAGACGUCAACUGGCAGCCAAGCCGGGAGGUCAGAGGAGACGGGAGAAAAAGGAUGAUUCCGACUGUGCCAUAUUAUAGCGACACCUAAACUUCCCCUAUUCCCCCAUGAGCCUGCACUUCAUUGCAUUAAGCCAACCCCUAACACAUACACACACACAGUUAGGGGAUUGUGCCCCUGCCAUCUCAAUGCCAAACUCACCCUUCACACUAAACCUCGAGGUUGUACCUCCCCAUCUCUCACCCUUGUUCUUCUUUGAACAUCCAGGCCAGAAGGUGGCAGUACUAGUCCUGCUUUGCUAGACCUCAGAACAGAAUCUAAACGUGAAUUGAGGCUGCAGAGAGGAAAUCCAAUGCAGUUGGUUGGUUACAGCAGAGAAUCAUAACCAAGACACGUCACAACCCAGGUAGAGUCACACAUCAGGGGUCGUCUUCUAUUCAGCUAUCACUGCCCCUCUUGAGAAAUAUGAGCGAAGUUUGUAACUGUGAUCUGGUUUGGUUUCUAUGGCAACGAGGCAGACAGUGGUCUGAUUUUGUAAGCUAAGUGGACAGAAAGUGAAGGUCUAGAUUUAAAGGGAAGUCACUACAGCUCUGACAAACUGAUGCAUCUUAAUGGAUGAUGCAACUUUUGAAAUGGCAAAAAAAAGUUAAAUUAAGAGCACAAAGACAACCCCCCCCUUCUCUGCUACCUUCUCGCCCUAGAAAGAUCUGUUUUUAAGCAAACUGUAGGGUAGUUGUCAUCUGACUCAUUUAAGCCGUGAUGGAAACUCGAGUACAUUCUUGUCCUAUACAGAACAAUGCACAAUUAUGCCUGGGUCGAGAAGCGGGCUCUGCAAGCCCGACGAACGAACGAAGAGAUGGCCGUUUCCCCCAAAGUCCUAUCUGCUAGAGUAAGCAUGGGCUUUUCUUUCCCUGUCAUAUAGUGUACUAUGCUGUAGUUCGUAGCAGGGAGGAAUUAUGCAGAAGUAGAAUGGUAUGGGCAGUGAAGGGGAUCUGCUGGAGCAUCUUUUGUGGAUGACUUUUGAGAUCAUUGGAGGGUUAAAGAUGACUAUAUGGGAAUAAGAGUCGCAUUAAAGGUCCAAUGCAGCUGUUUUGAUCUAAAUUUUAAAUAAUUGAAAGGUAAGAAUUUUAAAUGUCGUUUCUCUGCGAGUGGUCUGAGUGGGGAGGGGAAACCUGAAAAUUAGCUGAGAGGUUUGGAACGCUUUCUUAUUGGUCUAUUAACCCAUUUCAGGCAGGCCCAAAUGUCAUCCCAAAACCACAGGCUAACAUUUCUGCAUUUAACAGUAUUAUUCCAACAUCAGUGUGGAUAUAUAUAUAUAUAUACUGAACAAAAAUAUAAAGCAACAAUUUCAAUCAUUUUAAAGAGUUACAGUUCAUGUAAUGAAAUCAGUCAAUUGAAAGAAAGAAAAAAAUUAGGCCCUAAUCUAUGUAUUUCACAUGACAGGGCAGGGGUGCAGCCAUGGUUGGACCAGGGAGGGCAUAGGCCCAGCCACUUGGGAGCCAGGCCCAGCCAAUCAAAAUGUUUUUCCCCCCCAACAAACGGGCAUUAUUACAGAUAGAAAUUCUCUAAAAUGACAUUAUUGUAGAGAAAUUAACAUAAAAUUCUCUGGAAACAGCUCUGGUGGACAUCUCUGCAGUCAGCAUGCCACUCAACUUGAUACCUCUGCAUUGUGUGAAAAAAUUCACAUUUUAGUGGCCUUUAAUUGUCCCCAGCACAAGGUGCACCUGUGUAAUGAUUAUGCUGUUUAAUCAGCUUCUUGAUAUGCCACACCUGUCAGAUGGAUGGAUUAUCUUGGCAAAGGAGAAAUGCUCACUAACAGGGAUGUAAACUAAUUUGUGCACAAAAUCUGAGAGAAAUACGCUUUUUGUGCGAAUGCAACAUUUCUGGGAUCUUUUACUUCAGCUCAUGAAACAUGGGACCAACACUUUUUACAUGUCGCGUUUAUAUUUUUGCUCAGACAGGUAAAUCACGUUUUUGACUGCACUGGGCCUUCAAGCAAAUCUGGUGCUUGAACCAACUAUGAGAAGUCUGCAUUUGAUUUACAUUACUUAGGAAUAAAGUUCUGGCAGUUAAUUCAGUUUUGAGACGGUCGGCUAUACAGGGCCUUUUGAAGUAGCUUUAGGGGGAGGGGCUUUCAGCAACACUACAGAAAUAGGCCACACCUUGACGCCAAGUGUUAAUCGUCACCACUUCUUGCUUUGAAUUUAAUUUGUCAUGUCAGUAAAGGAAAAUCUAAACAAAUGA